AUGCUGUGGCUAGCCAGGUGGGAUUUGGCUAUAGGAAUGUCUAAGAAACCCGCAGACGAUGCGCGGUGCAAUCUGGCGGGCGAUAUAAGCACAAGCGAUAAUUUUUUCAUCAAAUCGGAAACCCACACGAGGAUAAAGUUUCUCAGACUGACCUACAAAAAAGAGCCAAUCAGAACAAAUGAUUGUGACCUCAUUAACAGUCCAUUCGAUGAUUGUGCGCCAGAUACCGACCGAACUUCAGCAGCGAGUCUUUGCCAUUACAGAUCAGGUGCUCACAGAACCGGUUACAUCUCCUACCGAACUUUCAUACCAUCUCCUGUCAAAGUGGAGAUGUGCAGUGGCGUCCCACAGUACGAGGAGUUCAGUCGUACCCUCAAGAGGAUCAGGAAUUGGGUCACGUUAAUAAACAGGAACGUGAUCAGUGUGGAGUCAGUGACCUACCCACUGAGGAACAUCUGGCACAAACAAGAUGGCGGUGAGUCGACCGUCCAGCAGGGAGAGUGGUCAACAUCGGGGAGGGGCAGGAAGAGGUGGAGGAUUGGCAGGAGGAGGUGUUUGGUCUAUCUCGUCAGGUUGUAUUUAGAUGGACCGUUCCAGGAGCCGUCAUCAAGUCUCCUACCCGCCACCCCUCUUGUGGAGGAGAUCAAAGACUGUACAUGCAACAUCCUCUGA